AUGUUAUUGCCUCGAGAAGAUAGUUGUCCUUUAUUUGGUCCCAACUCAGCCGUUCAACACCCACGUGGACCAAGGAAACCAAAAGUGAAAAUCAACAAUUCGGCCGUUAGCAGGUCUGACCAGAAUCCGGCUGGGCCGAAAUUGAUUCGUUACGGUCUCUUCGAGAGGGCAGAAAUGGCAGUACCAAAUGCAAAUCAGAAGAGAGCAGCUACCUCAACUGAAGAUAAUGGCGAGGCUACCGGGCCUGUCGAACGAGAACCGAUUUCUCCAGAUUUUCCAGAGGUGCUAAAGCUCGGUUUUCCUACGAGUGUCGUUUCCAACUUCAUAACGUCAAAGGCCGAACAAGCUGUUAAUGAGGCUGUGCCAUGGCUGCCCUUCCAGCCUCCAUUGCAACUACCUCUUUCUUUGUCUCUAUCGGCUCUCUUGUCAAUAGCUUGUUUUUCAUCGCAUAUUUUGCCAUGUACCUCCCAGGUACACAGUGAACCAUCAUUAUCAUCGCCAUCAUCAUUCUCAACUUUUCCUUACUUUUCCUCCUCCUCCUCCUCCUCCUCAUCAUCAUCAUCUUCUUCUUCUUCUGCUGCUGCUUCUUCUUCUUCAUGUUCCUGUUCCUGCUCCCCCUCAUCUUCAUCAGCCCCCUUCCUCCACAAUGCCACACUCGAGUGGCUUAGCCAAAUGCCUUCUGUUCGCGAUUCGAAAAAAGACGAAAGUGGUCUGGAACGUGGAGAAAAAGGACAGACUUGUCAAAACGAAGGUGAGCUGGCCAAAGAGGGAGAUGAAAAAGCAUAUUUGAGACGAAGUGAGACAGGGAAAUUGGAAGAAUUACAACAGGAUACGAAAAUGACCAGCGUUUUACCACUACAUGAGACUUCCUUUUUAAGGUCGCCCAACUUUAGCCCAACUGCAUUGAAUCAGACGACUAACUGUUCAGUCAUCGAGCCAACUUUUAACUUGUCCGGCACACCUUGGCUAGGCAACACCUCUUUGCAUGCGAGCAAACUUCCGCCAAUUGAGCCCUUAAGAUCUGGAGUUGAGAAGUCAUCCAGGCAAUGGCAGCCUAAAGGGCCGGUGCUUGAUCGGUCUCCAACACCCUUCCUCCAGGCUGGUCAGACACAUACAGGCUUUUGGAGUUGGGCUCAUCUAUUUUCCGGUCUUAGUUCGAUCCUGAAGGCCAGUUCAGAUAUCUCUAUGCUCAAGUCGGCAGAGCUUCAACCGUCAACUCGACAUUUUGCAGAGUAUGACAGAAAAGUCAUCUCCAACAUACCCGACGGUCAGAGAGGGCUGGUUGGCUUGCACACACACACACCGGCUGUGGACGUGGAGAGGGGGCAGCAGAUCCUGAAGAGUUCUAGUCAUGCAACGAAUCAUCUCUCAACAAUGUCUCAAGAGGAUGACAAGACAGUGAAUUGGCUUGGCCAAUUUCACGAGGCCUCUGUACUUCAGCCGCCAAUAACCACUUUGAAUACAGACUUUGCUGUGCAAGCAAACCCGAAUCAGAUGUCAUCGGUCAUUUGGUCGCCUGUUUCACCUUCAUCAAGUCAAGCUCAGUUAUUGUCAUUUGAAACCUCUCACAGUUGCCCAAGCUUUGCUUGGCCGGACGAAUCACGCGCCUUAGGAGACAUCUCGGUUGCCAUGACACCAAAUGUCUGGCAGCCUAUCGAUGAGGGUCAGAAGCUGGGGACGGAGGCCUUGAAUCUGGUGGUACGAAAGAAGCCAGUUCAUCUAAAUCAGGAGCAAAAUUCCGUGAUCUUCGAGACACCAUUACCA